AUGGCAAAGCGAACAAAUCCAUUUCUCGAAGACUUUAUACCGCAAAGUAAAGUUCAUUUAAGCAUGAAACAGUUCAACAAUAAUCAAGAUCGACUAAAACAAGUUUACGAAAAAACCUUACUACUGUUAUUCAAGGGUGCCAAAAAAUGUUCUUCCCAAGAAGUUGCACAUCCCGAGCAUACUGCUUUGAGUACUUCAGAUAAACAAGACAAAAUGAAACAACUGUUCAUUGGCAAAGAUGGUACUCUCCUACAUUCUGGCAAAAUGGUAGACAAUAAGUUACAAUUAAAACAAUGUGCCUGUGGUUGUACUGUGGAAUCUCAGUGUGCGUACUGUGAGGUGAGCUUGUGUUGUGGCUGCCACCACGUCUGCGUGCAUUGUGAGCGCUCUCAUUGCCUACAUUGCAUUAUGAUUGGAUUGGAGGGUGCAGAAAUAUGUGUGUCCUGUUACAGUUAG